AUGGCGUCCCCACAGGGUCCCUGCUCGCCGUGGGGCGGGUGCUGUGAGAACCUGCCCUGCCUGACCGCGGCGGGGGGCAGCCCCCACGCUGAGCUGGAGCCCCAGGAGCACAAAGAGCCGCUCUCGGAGGAUGACCUCUAUUGCCGCUGCCUCUCCCGCACCCUUUGCCACACGGGCACCCCGGUCACCGUCGGGGUCUUCGCCCCCUGCACCCAUCGCCUCUUCUCGCUGCUCGACAAGGUCACCGGUUUCAUGCGCCAGGAGAUGGCCGAGCUGGAAGCCUCCGAGGAGCUCCGUGGCCGGCAGCGCCCUCGCAGCCCCAAGGGCUGGGGGCUUCUCCAGGCCCUUUGGUACCUGAGCUUCUACCGCGCCGUCAUCACCGAGGGUCACCUGCGGCGCCGCGCCCUCGCCUUCAUCUUCAUCCGCUUCAGCGCCUGGCAGUUCGCCGGCUGCGACCGCCUCUGGGCCGGGCUGGUGACCGCGCUGUGCCACAGCAUCCGCAGCCACUUCGGGGCCCUGCCCCUCAGCGUCUUCCACGUGCUGGGCUCGCGGCCGCGCUUCGCCUCGGGCUUCAGCCAGCGGGAAUGGGUGCUCAAGCGGGGCACGUGCCUCAAGCUGUGGGGCAUGCUGGCGGCGCUGGGCGCCGGCGUGGCCGUGCUGCUGGUGGCGCUGCUGGUGCCGGGCGUCAAGGAGAGCCCGGUGCUGAAGGUGCUGGGCAGCGGCAUCGCGUCGCUCUCGGGCUCCGGGUUGGUGUUGGGCGCCGUCUCCAUCGUCAAGAACCUGCUGGUGAGCGAGAAGCAGAAGAUCGAGCGCUUGACCAACAGCGAGCGCUUCUCCUCGCAGCUGGGUUUCAUGAGCAAGGUGCGAGCCGAGGUGCAGGCGCUCGUCGACUUCUUGGCCUUCAUGGAGGUCUUCGAGCGGCGCCGGCUCCGCGUGGUGCUGGAGAUCACCAGCCUGGAGCUCUGCUACCCGGAGAAGGUGGCCGGCGUGCUCAACGCCGUCAACACGCUGCUGUCGGACGCCAACGCGCCCUUCAUCUUCAUCCUGGCCGUGGACCCCAGCGUCAUCGUGCCCUGCCUGGAGCAGACGGGCUGCAUGAAGGGGCUGGCAGACAACGGGUACCUCUACCUCAACCGCACUGUCUCGCUGCCCUUCUCCAUCCCGGAGAUGGGCGCCCGCUCCCGCCUCCACUUCCUGGACGCCGCCAUCCAGACGCGGGAGGACCUCUUGUACCGCAUCAUCACCCGCAACGUGGAGCGGCGCCGCGCCAAGGGCCACGGCACGGCCGCGGAUCGCGGUGACACCGACACCGACGCCGACGCCGUGCGCUGCAUCCACGAAGCGUUCCACUGCCUCCGCGACGACGCCGACCCCUUGGCUCGCUACCUGCCCAGCUGCGGCACCCACGUGCGCCGCGUCGUCAACACCAUCCCCAUCACCCUGCGCCUGCUCCUGCACCGCGGCGCCGGCGCCGUGGCCCCGCGAGCGGCGGCCGCUUGGGUGGUGUUGGCCGACGGGUGGCCGUGCCGCUUGAGCUGGGCGCUGCAGUGCGCCGAGGACGCCUGGCAAGGCCCCGCGGUGCCGGGGCUCGGCGCCCGCUCCCUCUGGAGCAUCUUCGAGGAGCACGAGGGCGAGCUGGGAGCGCUGCGGCAGGCGCUGCACAACGCGCUCAGCCUGGACGGGGAUCCCGAGCUCUUCCAAAGCUUCCUGCAGCGAGACUUCCCCUUCACGGCCCGCGAGGCGCGCGUCCUGCUCGCCGUCACCGUCAACCUGGACCACUCCAUCCGGCACAAGAUGGGGCUCCUGCGGGGGCUCCAUCGGCUCCAGGCGGCGCCGCGGGGGAGCAGCAGCAUCCAGUGCCCGCAUCCCGAGUGA